AUGGCGUCCAACGGGCCAAGCGAUGCCCCCACUUCAGCAGCAACACCUGGUGGAGGAGCAGAAGGAGCAAGAGGGGGAUCUGCCGCCCCGACCAAGGUCCCCUCCGAGAAGGAGAUCGCCCGCAAGCUCCGGAAACGCGAGCUCGAUCGCAGGGCCCAGAGGCAGGCCCGCGAGCGCACCCGUAACCGCAUCGCCGAGCUCGAGGCGCUGGUGAAGGAGCUCCGCAAGGACGACUCGACGAGGCUCUCCGCCUGCAUGGAGCAGCUGGCCAGCGUCACAGCAGAACGGGACCGCCUCUCCGAGACCCUCAAGGCCAUCCAGGAGACAAUCCGCGAUGUGUCUUCGUCGUCAUCGUCGUCGCCGCACCGCCCGUCCGCGGCUGGCGGCCAGCACCAGCACCAGCACUCCUCGUUCUCGACGUCAACAUCCCUGUCCGACUCCCGGGAUGCGUCUUCCUCCUCGGCGAUGAUGCCUGGGCUGCCCGCGCCCACCGCGUAUAGUGCGCCAAUGGGCAUGAUCCCGGAGACGCCGUCAGCAGCUCACGUCGAUGUUCACGCGUUCAACCAACACCACAACCACGACCACAGCAACAACAGCAACCACGGAGGGGUCAUGGCCGUCGGCACAGUGCCGAAUGGGAUCUCGGCGCCCAGCGUGCACGCGCCCAGUGUUCACGCGCCAAGCUCCACGUCGGAGAGCCAGGAUCUCGGGGAGGAGCUCGACGACGACGACGAGUGCCACGAGGACCACGACGACCCCAACCUGAUCGUGCCCCCGCCAGAGUUGCCCUGCGACUGCAUCACCGUCCGCACCCCCGCAGGCCCCGCUCCGCCCAAGGUGAAUGUGUGGAGAGCCGUCAACCAGGUGCUGGCGAAGCGGUGCAGGAUAUCGAAGGAGGCGCACGUCGCCGAGGACGCGAAUGACGAGGAUAUUCCCGUGCGGGUCCUGUUGGAGGGGUGGGAUGCCGUGGCGCGGUCCCGCCCGCUGUCGAAGCUGUGGAAGAAGCUCCGCCGGGUCGACGAGCUGUGUUUCCAGACGUGUCCCAAGACUGAGCGGUUGGCGAUCCUCCGCACCAUGCACCUGUUACUUCAGUAUCACUCUGACCCCACGCCGAGUCGUUACGCCAAGCUGCCGACUUGGUACCUGAAGAGACCAUCACAGACCAUGCCACAUUCCUAUGCGAUUGACUUCUUUGUUUGGCCUGGUGUUCGAGAACGUUUCGUCUUCGGACAGCACCACUACUGUAACAACUCUUUCUGGGAUCUGUUUGGACCCAAUUUCCACCUCCUCUGGCCCUACGAAUUCCGCGACGCCUAUAAAAAGAGUUUGGUCACGGGCCAGUACCAAAUAUCGCCGGCGUUCGAGGAGCGGAUCUCCGACAUCAACUCGUGGACGAUGGGCCUGGACUUCUUCACUAGAUUUCCCGAGCUGAUUGCCGACAUACCGGCGUUCCACUCCAUCUCCCAGUCCCUGACGCCGGCGGUGCAAGCAGCCACGUCGCCUUCGAUGCCACAGCAAGCUUCGUUGGUACAGCUGAAAGAGCGGGACCAGCGUGACGAACGCAUGCUCCUCGCCCAGCACCACGCCUCGCCCCCGGAGCACCACCCCCAGCAGGAAGUCAUCGACUGUUCCCAGACCAUGCAGGUAUAUCCUCCCAGCAUAUACAGCAUGGCUGCGCCUGCUUUUAUGGAGGAUUUUAUGCCGCCAGGUUACGAUGUCAACGCGGCGGCCGCCCAGUACGGCCACAUGCAAGGAUACUUCUGA